GGGCGGUGCCCGUAAGGGGGCGGUGCCCGUAAGGGGGCGGUGGCUUUUCCCUUCCCCCUCGAUCGCUCCGUGUGCCAUCGAUUUUCUCGGGCAGCGGCUGGAGGUGCCUGUACCCGCCGGACGCGGAGGCGCUGCUGGGAGCGCAGCUGCCUUAGGUACCGGAUACGGACUCGGCGGCGGCCGAUAAAAGCAACUCAGUUUUCAGUAACUGAAUUGUCAUCAUGUCUCGAGCACGGCAGCCCCCACUUGUAACUGGCAUCUCUCCCAAUGAAGGCAUCUCAUGGACAAAAGUGACAAUUAGAGGAGAAAAUUUGGGGACUGGACCUACAGACCUCAUAGGUUUAACAAUCUGUGGGCACAACUGUCUGCUGACUGCUGAAUGGAUGUCUGCCAGUAAAAUUGUGUGUCGAGUUGGACAGGCUAAAAAUGACAAGGGAGACAUUAUUGUCACUACAAAGUCUGGUGGCAAAGGGACUUCAACUGUUUCCUUCAAACUGCUUAAACCUGAAAGAAUAGGUAUCUUGGAUCAGUCUGCUGUCUGGGUGGAUGAAAUGAACUAUUAUGACAUGCGCACUGAUAGGAACAAAGGGAUUCCCCCCUUGUCCCUACGUCCAGCUAAUCCGCUUGGUAUUGAGAUAGACAAAGGCAGAUUUCCUCAAAAAGAUUUAGAGGCACUGUUUCCUGGCAUGAGUGCUGACUUCACUAGUGAAAACUUUUCUGCUGCCUGGUACCUGAUUGAGAAUCAUUCAACAACAAGUUUUGAUCAGCUCAAAACGGCUGUUGUGAACUUGAAGAAACAAGCUAAUAAGAAGAAUGAGGGGAGUCUAGCUUAUGUGAAAGGAGGUCUCAGCACAUUUUUUGAAGCACAAGAUGCUCUGUCAGCAAUCCAUCAAAAACUGGAAGCGGAUGGAACGGAAAAAGUAGAAGGAUCCAUGACGCAAAAACUGGAGAAUGUUCUGAACAGAGCCAGUAACACAGCAGAUACUUUAUUCCAGGAAGUUCUGGGUCGCAAGGACAAAGCUGAUUCAACGAGGAAUGCACUUAAUGUUCUUCAGCGUUUUAAAUUUCUUUUCAACCUUCCUUUGAAUAUUGAAAGAAAUAUCCAGAAGGGUGAUUAUGAUGUAGUUAUUAAUGACUACGAAAAAGCCAAGUCACUCUUCGGAAAGACAGAGGUUCAGGUAUUCAAAAAAUAUUAUGCUGAAGUUGAAACCAGAAUUGAAGCUUUAAGAGAACUUCUAUUGGAUAAGCUGCUUGAAACUCCAUCAACGUUACAUGAUCAAAAACGUUAUAUAAGAUAUCUUUCAGAUCUUCAUGCGCCUGGGGACCCUGCUUGGCAGUGCAUUGGUGCUCAACAUCAGUGGAUUCUGCAGCUCAUGCACAACUGUAAGGAGAGCUAUGUUAAAGAACAAAAAGGCAACUCAUUGCUUCAUAGCCCCAUGUUAGAUCUGGACAGUGAUGUGCGUCCAUCACCAAUUGGCCAUCUCAGUCAAACUGCUUCACUGAAAAGGGGCAGCAGCUUUCAGUCUGGCCGUGAUGACGCUUGGCGAUACAAAGCUCCUCAGCAAGUUGUAUUUGUUGAAAAGUUGACAAAACUUGUUGUAAGCCAGCUGCCCAACUUCUGGAAGCUCUGGAUUUCUUAUGUGAAUGGAAGUUUAUUCAGUGAGACUGCUGAAAAAUCUGGCCAAAUGGAAAGAUCAAAGAAAAACGCUAGGCAAAGACAAAAUGACUUCAAGAAAAUGAUUCAAGAAGUGAUGCACUCUCUGGUAAAACUUAUCCGUGGAGCUUUGCUUCCAUUCAGCCUCAGAGAAGGAGAAUCAAGACAAUAUGGUGGCUGGGAGAUGAAAUCUGAACUAUCUGGCCAGUGGCUAACACAUGUUAUCCAGACUGUAAGGCUUAGUUCUGAGUCUCUUACUGCACUUGAGAUACCCAAUGAUAUGCUUCAGAUCAUCCAGGAUCUUAUUUUGGACCUUCGUGUACGUUGCAUUAUAGUGACCUUACAACACACAGCUGAAGAUAUAAAGAGGUUAGCUGAAAAAGAAGAUUGGGUUGUUGACAAUGAAGGUUUGACAUCGUUGCCAUCCCAGUUUGAACAGUGCAUUAUCCAUUCCUUGCAAUCUCUCAGAACUGUCCUGGACUGCAAACCUGGAGAGGCCAGCGUUUUCCAGCAGCAGAAGACACAGGAGGAUGUGUGCCAGAUAAGCAUUGGGAUCAUGCAGGUCUUUAUAGACUGUUUGGAACAACUGAGCACCAAACCUGAUGGUGACAUAGAUACAGCACAUCUUUCAGUUGACGUUUCAUCUCCAGAUUUGUUUGGAAGUAUUCAUGAAGACUCGAGUCUUUCUUCAGAACAGAGGCUUUUAAUUGCACUCAGCAACUGCCGGUAUCUGGAACGUCAUACCUUCCUGAAUAUAGCUGAACAUUUUGAGAAACACGGCUUUCAAGGUGUUGAAAAAAUAACUCAAGUUAGUAUGGAAUCCUUGAAAGAGCUGGAUCAAAGACUGUUUGAAAUGUACAUUGAAUUCAAGGCAGAUCCAAUAGUUGGGUCAUUAGAACCUGGCAUUUAUGCAGGAUAUUUUGAUUGGAAAGAUUGUCUUGUUCCAGCAGGUGUCAGAAACUAUUUGAAAGAAGCAUUAGUGAACAUCAUUGCUGUACAUGCAGAGGUGUUUACCAUUUCCAAAGACUUAGUUCCUCGGGUAAUGUCAAGGGUUGUAGAAGCAGUCUCUGAAGAACUGAGUCGACUGAUGCAGUGUGUUUCAUCCUUCAGCAGAAAUGGAGCUUUGCAGGCAAGACUUGAAAUCUGUGCAUUGAGAGAUACCGUGGCCAUAUACCUAACACCUGAAAGCAACUCAAGCUUUAAGCAGGCUUUGGAAGCCUUGCCUCAGCUCUCAAGUGGAACUGACAAAAAGUUACUGGAAGAGUUACUAAACAAAUUUAAAAGCAGCAUGCACUUGCAGCUGACCUGUUUUCAAGCUUCUUCAUCAGCACUGAUGAAAACAUAGACAACCACACAAUGCAGGCAACUCAGAAGACAAAUGUGCUUAAACAUCACCCAUUUUUUUUCUGCAUUUCUUCAAUUUCUUUGAAGAUUCUGAAGAAAACAAAAGGAGUUUCACCAAGAAAGAAAUUGAGAUCCAACUCUUUGAGUAAUGGUAUGAGGUAUACUGCUGAGUGAGACUUAUGGUCAUAAAUAGCUGGAAGGAAGAGCACAAUAUGUCAUUGGUUUUGCUGCUUCCUUCUUACUCCUUUUUUAUUUUCUUGUUCUUAUGGGCUUACUACCACUGUCUUUCUUUUGCCUCCUGUUAGUCAGUCCUCUUUUCACCACCAGUUACUGAAUUUGUGUGGAGGGGAAUAGGGAUUCAGGAGGAAAGAACAACUUUACUGCCAUUAAGAUAUAGUUACACAAAGAUCGAAAAACAUCUUUCCAACAGGGAAGACUUGACACUGACUCUCAUUCUGGAACUUAAUGUAAGAUGCAGGAAGCUGUAACAAGAGAGCAACUAAUCGAAAAUGGUUGUUUUGGGAGGUGAGGAAUAGGUUUAAUUUUGUAACUGAAACCAUGACUUGCAAGUCAAUCAUGCAGUAAUAACAUGGUCUUCAUGUAUUUACAGUCAUUUUAAGUGGGAGUUUUCAGAAACAGUGCACUGAGUUUUCAAAGAAUUUUUCAAUGUCAGCUGUUUUCUUUUGCCAGUUCAGUUACAUGCUUUAAAAAUAACAGUGUACAGCUCCUGUGAUAUGAAAUACUGAAGAAACACCUUGCUGCACAUGUAUUUACUCAUUAAAAAACUUGUGUGUAAGUAGUAAUAGUAUGUUCAAUUGAAGCUUGAAACUUCAAAUAUAUGUCAUUAUUGACUUCCAGGGAGAAUCAUUGAACCUGUGGAGCAAUGUUGUUUUGUUAAAUGUUGUCCGUUCUAAGCUAGAUGUAGUCUCAGCUGCUGGUAUUAACUGAAAUAGUCAUCCAGUUAGUUGAAUCUGUUAAAGGACUUCACUGCAGCAUAAUAAAAUGUUAAGAAAGAUGGUCAUAAACUCUCCUUGAAUUCCUCACUUUCCAAGAAAUGUAAUUUCCUUGUGAAUUUUGCAAGUCUACAUUUUCUACAUUUGUAUCAAGCAUGUUCCUAAAUAUUGAACACACAUUUAUCAUCUUCAGGCAUCUCUUUUUUGUAACAUCAUUCUCUUACUCAUCUUCUGUUACAACAACUUGUUGCUGGUCUUUAAAUCCUGAAGUCAAAGAAGAUUACAAAAAACAA